CCUAUUGAAACGUGAAAAAGAAAAUAAGAAGCAAAAUAGCACUUGAAAAAAAGAUAUUAGAAAUGAAAUGGAUUUGUCGAAAUGAAAUUUGUCAGUGAAAGCAUAGUGUGAUUGAUGAGAAGAGGGCGAUAGACGAACUUUUUUGGAGCCGAAAAUUGCAGUGAGUUUCACGUUUGAUUGUUUGCUGGAGAUUGCCGAUUAGACAGGUAUUCUACACCUUGAGAUCUAAUUUUACCCUUCAUUCAAACUUCUUCUUUGGAGCUUCAGAUUUUGUUUCCAUUCAAUUCACUCACUGAAGGAUUCCCAAAUUUGAAACCCCAUUUCCCCUUUUGAUCUUCCCUCUUUUGUGGGUCAUUUCGUUUCUCGUCCCUUCUUGGCUGCAGAUUUUGUUGAUUUUCUCUUGUGGGUGAUGAUAUGGUAACGAAUUGUUAAAUUACUUGAUUCUUUUUCCUUUUAUUCAGCGGCAAGUAUUGAAGAUCUUCAGUCCUUCUUUGGAGAAACUUGCUUAUCUAAGAAAAACAUGGUUCAGAAACUGCAACCCAUCAAAGGUGGUGGAGGAUCCGUUAAGGUUGGAGCCACUGGAACUAUUAGCUCUCUAAUGAUGAGGGAAUUAGAGUCAAUGAGAUCUGCCUCCAAGAAGCCGGUAACUUCCAAAAACAAAUCUUCAUCUGCUGCUACUACUACUACUGUUUCUUCUGCUGCUUCCAUUCCUAAACGACUAGGACAAAGUAAAUCGUUUGUAGAGGUAAGUGAUAGAAGAUAUAAUAGUGUUAAUAACAGAAGCUUUGGGAACUCUCAUAAUGCUACUAAAACUGGUUCGAGGGAUGUCCAUCGAAUGCCAAUGCUUAGCUCUAAUGAUGUUUAUACUGAUGGAAAUAGUUAUAGAGAGAAACCAGAAAGGAAAGGACUUAGAGCAGUUGCAAUUGUGGAUGUAAAGUGCAAUAACCCUGAUAGAGCUUGGGCUAGCCGCCCUCUAUCAAGUCGUCUCAGAAAACUCGGUUUUUCAAAGCUAUCUGAAACCUUUGCUUGAUUCACAUCAUACACGACUUCUAGGCUGCUUUCUAUCUGAAUCUUUGUUAUUUAGGAGCUUGCUGCCCCCUCAAGGUUUCUUAUAGUUAGUUAUAGGGUUUCAAAUGAUGUAUAGAAAGAAUGUCGUGUAAGGCUGUAAUUGACCUGGGAGGUCAGUAGUCUCAUUGACCUGAAAUCGAUGAUGCUAUAACAGAUGAUACACUGCCUUGGAUCCCCCUUCAUCGGGAGGCUGGCUGUCAUUCAGGUAUCCUCUAGGCAAUUUAGCUGGAUUUUAGGCAAUUUGGCCAUUUCAUUUCCUUAGUCUAAAGUGAAAGAAAGCUAGCUUGGCUUUAUUAUUUGAUAUGUUAUAUUUGUUCUCUUCCCAUAUUUGACAUGUUUGUAUCCAAAACUUGUAAGUUGUAAUAGUAAAGAUUGUCUUCUGUCAUUUGGGUCCCUUU